GAAUGUCUAGUGAACUUAGAAAUAUUUCGUCUUAUGUACCGUUGGAUAAUUACUACAAGUCUUUCACAUAUAUCACAGGACCUGAUUUCACAAAUAAUAAAUAUACUCUUGAGAUCGAUGAUGGCACUGGGAGGGUGACACAACCGCUCUUUUGUAUUUUGAAAAACAAAGGCAAUUGGACAAUGCAAAAUCUUUUUUCGGGCGUAAGUACGAAG